CCCUCCCCCCUUCCCCUGCCUUUUUUUAGCUCCAACGAUCGAACGAUCGAAUUCGAUUCGGAACCGUUCGAAACAGAAAAUGUAUAUAUAUAUAUAUAUAUGUGUGUGUAUAUAUGUGUAUACGAGAGUUCAGUGACCAAACAGGCGUUAACCAAGUCGAAUAAUCGGUUAACCGACUUAACCGGUUGGCCGCUGAUCGUGUAAAGAGAGGCUUUAAUAAUUUUAAUCAUUUAACCGCGUGGCCAUUAGCCGGUGGCGGAGGCGUGUUGGCGGAGGGGGUGGAUUUAAAAUAGCAUUAGAUAGGCAGUGGCCGUCAGUCGGGCACGAAGAACGAGUAGUCGGCGUCCAACCGUGUCAGCGAUUGAGCGAAUUGAAAAACGACAGUACGUGGCACGUGACAUAUCAUACAGAAUUACGGUAAAUUGUGGUGGCUCGCUGUAUCCCGACCGUGUUUGAUAACCGGCGAUCAUGACGUCUCACCGAACCUCUCGAUUUAUUAUUAAAUAAGAUCCGCCAUUCGUUCUAUCUUCUUCUUUUUCUCUUCUCCUUCUUCUCCUUCUUCUUCUUCCUCCUUCCUUUUCCUUCCUUCCUUCCUUCCUUCCUUCUUUCUUUCUUUCUGCUUUUUUUCCCCUUUUUUUGUCCCUCUCGUCGAUCCUCUUAAAGAUAAAGCGUCACGUGUGUAUAUAAUGGUAUAAUUUCAUCAGACAAGCGUAUUCCUUCCAUUUCGUACCGAAUGCUUUCUUUUUUGGCUUCGAUUUCGUAGGAGGGGAGGAGGAGGAGGAGGAGGAGAAGCAGACUCAUUCCUCGCCUAUUUCUGACUCGAAAGGGCUCCUUCUUUUUUUUUUUUUUUCCUUUUCUUUUCUUUCUUUCUUUUCUUUCGCCCGACGCACGUCGCAACGACGAUACCCAACAGACGAGGAGCGAUGGGAACGUUUCUACGUUUCCUCGGGAUUUCGUCAUCGGACGAUAACAGGAUCGAUCAGGCGACAGGAUUGACCGAGAGGCAGAAGAAAUUAGUGCAGAACACGUGGGCAGUUGUCAGGAAGGACGAGGUAGCUUCCGGGAUUGCCGUGAUGACCGCAUUCUUUAAAAAAUAUCCGGAAUAUCAGCGAUACUUUACCGCUUUCAUGGACACUCCCUUGAACGAAUUGCCGGCUAAUAAACGGUUUCAAGCUCAUUGUGCCAGCGUAAUUACGGCCUUAAAUAAUGUUAUCGAUUUCUUGCACGACCCAGGAUUAAUGGAGGCUAGCCUAAUCGGUUUGGUCGAGAGGCAUAAAAAACGCGGCCAAACGAAGGAAGAAUUCCAGAACUUGAAGGAAGUAAUGUUGGAAGUUCUUCGCCAAGCGUUGGGGAAGCAAUACACGCCGGAAGUAGCCGAGGCGUGGAACAAAACUUUGGACAUGAUGUUCGCGAAAAUAUAUCAGGUUUUCGCUUCUUGAAGAACGAGUUUAUCCGUUAUUAUUUUUUUCUCUCUCUCUAAUUUAGUCAGUUAAAAAUUGUAUCAUAUAUAUAUAUAUAUAAAUAACGCAUUACUUGCGAAAUUAAAAGAGAAAUUGAAAGAAACGAGAAGAGAAAAAUAUUUUAAAAGUUUGAUAUUCGCGUAUAUGGAAAUAUAUAUUUUUAAAAUGAUUUCUGUGUAAUUAAUAAUAAUAUUAGGAUAUAUAUAUAUAUACGAAUAUUGUUUUAUUUUGUGUACCUUACGUUGUGUACAACGUUGAAACAAAUUGAUACAUUUUUAAUUAAAAAUACGCAACUGUUUAAGAUCAA